UAAUCUAGCUUAAGUUUUCUUCAGUUUAAGUUGCGACUAGUCGGAAGCGAGAUGACCACGACACUUCGGGACAGUGUCGAACGUGAACCUGCGGAUUCAACGGAUAUCCCUAAGGACGUUUUUACGGAAGGCCCUGAUUUGAAGAGCCCAGGAAGAUGGGGUGUGCGGCAUGUUCAGUCGUUAUUAAUGUUCUUGGGUCUGACUUUCGCCUACACGCUCAGGGUUAAUAUGUCUGUGGCAAUUGUGGCGAUGUCUGAUUCCUCCAUGGCGAAUCCAGACAUAGAGGAGUUUGGCUGGGAUUCUUCGACGCAGUCUUUGAUUCUGAGUUCAUUUUUCUGGGGCUACGUUGUGACUCAGAUACCUGCGGGCCAGAUCGCCCAAAUGUGGAGUGCCUCAAAACUCUGGGCCCUGUGCAUGUUCGUUUGCGGGUUAACCAAUCUGGUGAUCCCGAUCGGCGCCCACUUCGGAGGAUGGCAAGCAGUUUGCGCGUGCAGAAUCAUCAUGGGCCUAAGUCAGGGCUGUGUGUUACCCUGCCUACACACUCUUCUGGGAAAGUGGGUCCCCCCGGUUGAACGAGCUCGACUCGGAACGUACACGUAUGCGGGAGCUCAAUUCGGAACCGUAGUUGGUCUACCGGUUUCCGGUUUCCUUUCAGCGUCGUCGAUCGGAUGGCCGAGCGUGUUUUACGUCGUAGGGUCCGUCACCAUCGCCUGGUCGAUAGUUUUUUAUAUAUGGGGUGCUGAUAGCCCAGCGUUACAUCGCAGCAUCAAGCCUGCGGAGCAAAAUUACAUCGAAGCAAGUCUAGGCCAGGCCGAUGUCAAAGAGAAACUGCGGACUCCGUGGAAGGCGAUUUUCACGUCUGUACCCCUGUGGGCGUUGAUAAUCGUUCACUGCGGUCAAAACUGGGGCUACUGGACACUUUUGACCGAAAUGCCCAGUUACAUGAAUUCAAUUUUACUAUUCGACAUCUCCAAGAACGGGCUGAUCUCCGCUCUUCCUUAUCUGGCUAUGUGGGUCUUGAGUUUCCCGAUGAGCAUAAUAUCCGAUUUGGCAAUAUCUAAGGGUUGGGUGUCCCGCGGGGUAUCGAGGAAGGUCUCCAACACCAUCGGGCACUGGGGACCGGGAAUAGCAUUGCUCGUCUUGGGCAUCGUAACGAUCGACAGCACCAACGUGGCGGUGGCGAUACUUACCGUAGCCGUUGGUUUGAACGCUGGAUCUCUGAGUGGUUACCAAAUCAACCACAUUGAUCUCAGCCCCAAUUUCGCGGGGACUCUGAUGUCCAUAACAAACUGCAUUUCGAAUAUCAUGUCUAUCGUGGCACCUCUCAUCGCCGGAGUGAUCCUCACCGACGUGUCAGACGUCAACAAAUGGCAAAUAGUAUUCAUCGUUGCGGCGGUGGUUUACUUCACGUGUAAUCUAGUCUUCAUCAUCUUCGGCACGGGCGAGCAACAGCCGUGGAAUGAACCGGAAGUAACAAGUGAUUCUGCAGAGGCAAGAGAGGAGACGAAUACAGAGAAAGAGAGAUACUAAGAAAACUUCGAAUUCGGUACGGUGAUAUAAUUGCAUGGAACAAUUGAAACUAUCUUAUUAAUAAGUGGAAACGUGAUGAAUAUUACCGAUCUCCCGCACAAACGAGCUACCGAUAAUAACAUCUUGUAAAGAAUGUGAGAAACGCACCGCAAUCUACUCAUUUUCUUAACGAAUAUUAUUUUGUAAAUAUGUAGAUAGUAAAAAAAAAAAAAGGACAAAUGCAUUUGACGUACGUGUACAGUAAGAUAAUAUGUAUGUAUACGUUCAUUCGAGUAAGAAUAAACGUAUAUAAAAAUGAAA